CUUAUCUAACCUCACAUUCAAAAUGAAUAAUAAACACUAAAAUAAUUGGAGAUAUUAAGCAAAAAAAACAAAUCUAUAAUGACUAUGUUGAUGAAAUUAUUCCGAUUUAAUUCAAUGAGACUCAUAUUACAUCCGACAAUGUUGGAACAUGGAGAUUUGAGAUGUCUGCAUUCUAGCAAUAUUUUGUACAAGAAACGUAAAACGGCGGAAGAGAGAAAAUCUGUGAGAUCUAUGCAAUUUCCAGAGAAAUCAAAAAUGCCUGUUAUACAAGUUUGGAGAUAUAUUACUCCCAGAGAAAUAAGUCAAAUUAUAAAUAAAGACAUGAAAUACAUGUAUGAAUUAUUUUCAGACAAAAUGACACAUCCCGAUAAUCCUAUCGAAGAUUUGAAAUUUUUACAACAAAUAAUGAAAAGAGGUGGAUAUCGAAUGGAAGUAAUUAAAAAGCCAUCAAAUGAAAUAGAAGAAUUAGAGGACCUUGAUAUUUAUCCUAGACCCAAGGCAGAUAAGUCUUUGUUAAAACCACGACCUCCUGUAGUAACUAUUAUGGGCCAUGUUGAUCAUGGUAAAACAACUCUACUAGAUGCAUUGAGACAUUCUUGUGUGGUUGAAAAAGAAUUUGGUGGUAUUACUCAGCAUAUUGGGGCAUUCUCUGUAGAAUUAGAUUCUGGUGCUAAAGUAACGUUCUUAGAUACACCUGGACAUGCAGCUUUUCAUGCUAUGAGGGCAAGAGGAGCAAAUGUAACAGAUAUAGUGGUACUUGUGGUUGCAGCAGAUGAUGGAGUUAUGGACCAGACAGUAGAAUCAAUAAGAAUGGCAAAACAAGCAAGAGUACCAAUUCUCAUAGCCAUAAACAAAAUUGAUUCUCACAAAGCAGACAUUGAAAGAACAAAAAAAACAUUGCUGGAAGCAGGUUUACAAAUUGAAGAAUAUGGUGGAGACAUACAGUCUAUUCCUAUUUCAGCUUUGAAAAGACAGAACUUGGGUGCUUUAGUUGAAGCUUUGGUUCUUCAAGCUGAAUUGCUAGAAAUAAAAUCUGACUAUACAGGUCCAGUGGAAGCUGUUAUAGUGGAAAGUAGAGUGGAUCCAUACAGAGGGAAGUUAUGUACCAUUGUGGUUAAAAGAGGAACAUUGAAAAAGGGCUCUAUAUUAGUAGCAGGAACAGCUUAUGGAAAGGUUAGAACUAUAAAGGAUGCAGUUGAUAAAAUAAUGAUUGAGGCAACUCCUGGUUAUGCAGUAGAAAUUGAUGGUUGGAAAGAAUUUCCAUCUGCUGGAGAGUUAGUUCUUGAAGUGGAAACAGAAAAAAGAGCUAGAGAGGUGAUACGAAUUCGAGAAAAGAAGCUGAGCCUCCAAAAGGCUCUAGAAGACAAAGAGAUUAUUUUACAGAAGGCAGAGGAAGACCGUAAGGUGUAUGAAGAAAAAUUGAAAUUGAGAAGGAGAUUAGGCAGGUAUAAACUCAAACAAGAAGGUCCCAGAAAACCAGAAAAGGAAGAUGAUACUAGAACACUUUUCAAUAUAAUUAUAAAAGGAGAUGUAGAUGGCUCUGUAGAAGCCAUAAUUGAUACAUUGGAUACUUAUAAUUCAGAUCUUUGUGAAAUGGAUUUGGUCCAUUUUGCAGUAGGAACAGUAACUGAAAGCGAUAUAGAACUUGCCAAAACUUUUAAUGCUGUGAUAUAUGCCUUUAAUCUUACCAUUCCAAUGCACAUACAAGAAAUGGCAGAAACGUCUGAGGUUUCAAUAAAACAAUUCAAUGUUAUUUAUAAGCUAGUAGAUGAUGUUAAAGAGGAGCUCAAUGUUCGUAUACCUCCCAUUGAAGUUGAAGAGGUAACUGGAGAGGCAACAGUAUUACAACAAUUCAUCAUAAAUCAAGGCAAAAAGCAGAUUCCUGUUGCAGGUUGCAAGUGUACAAAAGGUGCUCUAAAGAAAAAUGGAAUUUUUAAGUUGAUUAGGAAUGAAAAUAUUAUUUAUACUGGGCCCUUAUCUUCUUUGAGACAUCUUAAAAAUGAAGUUGAUACAAUAAAGGCUAAUUCUGAAUGUGGAUUACAAUUGAAAGACAAAACGGUUACCUUUGAACAGGGAGAUAAUAUACAGUGUUUAGAAAAAGUAAUGAAACCUCGAGUUGUCAAUUGGGACCCUGGUUUUUAAUUGAAAAAUUCAAUAAUCCAUGUAUAUAACUAAUAAAAAAUGAAUUAAU